AUGAAUAACGGCUUGAGGAGUUUGUUCGCCUCUGUUUCGCGUGUCGCCUCGGCGCGGCGCGCGUUGCGCUGCAGCUAUUUCAGCAGCGUGGCGAAGCGCCCAGAGAACCCCCGUGUGUUUGAGAACCCAGCGGAUUUUAAACCUUACGUGCUGGGACUGCGUUACACGGAGUUUACCAACCGGCUGGAGCUGAUAGAGGACUCCCCGGUGAUUCCGAUCUUCCAGGUUAUGGAUGUCGAGGGCAACUUCCUCGGCGACUGGAAGAACCCUUUCCCCUCCGAUGAAGCUGUGCUGGAGCACUACAAAACAAUGGUUCGGUUGUCGAUAUGGGACAACCUAUUCUACAAUAUCCAGCGACAAGGUCGCAUAUCCUUUUACAUCCAAAACCAGGGCGAGGAAGCCAUGCAAGUGGGAUGCGGUUUGGCUCUAAAGCAUGAGGACCACAUAUUCGGUCAAUACAGGGAGCUCGGCGUGCUCUACUGCAAGGGCUUCACUGUUGACGACACUCUGAACCAGUUGUUCGCCAACAAAGGCGAUGAAUGCAAGGGGCGCCAAAUGCCAAUUUCUUACUCCAAGAAGGAGUGCAACAUCCACGCGAUAUGUACCCCGCUCACUUCUCAGCUGCCACAUGCAGCAGGUGCGGGUUACGCACUCAAGCUUCAGAAGGCCGCUGCCUGCGCGGUGGGCUUCUUCGGUGAGGGAGCCGCCUCCGAGGGCGAUUUCCAUGCUGCGAUGAACAUGGCUGCGGUGCGUCAGUCUCAGACCAUAUUCGCCUGCCGUAACAACGGCUACGCCAUCUCCACACCGGUGUGUGACCAGUACUACGGCGACGGUAUCGCCAUCCGCGGUGUUGCGUACGGCAUGCCUACAAUACGCGUCGACGGCAACGACCUUUUUGCGUCCUACAUUGCAACCAAGCACGCUCGUGAGCACUGCGUGACGCGAUCGACACCCAUUUGUAUCGAAUACAUGACGUACCGUCUGGGACACCACAGCACGUCGGACGAGUCGUCACAGUACCGCGGUCCCGGCGAGUUCGACGUGUGGACCGCCGGCGGCAACAACGGCAUCAACCGCGUGCGCAAAUACCUCGAGAAGCAGGGUCUCUGGGAUGAAGAACGCGACGAAGCUCUGCGUAAGGAGGCCCGUAGCUUCAUGCUGAAGAAGAUCCGUGAGGUGGAGGUUGUGAAACACGUGGAUUUGUCUUCCGGCAUUUUCGACGACGUAUACGAUCAGCCCCAUCCGAUGUUGGAGCAGCAGCGUGAAGAAUUCCUCGAGCACUUAAACCGUUACGGUGAGAACUACAAGCUUGAGCGCUACGAGAAACAUUGA